AUGUCAAGACCGGCACAUGCACCAUUUACACAGGAAGUGACACAACCUACCGCUAGCGACGAGAACGCCGUGCCGCCACCCUCCAGAGACCAGCACAGUGACGUCAACAAGAUCUUGCGUAUUUCCUCAUUCGUAGCACUCUUUAUCCUCGCCGGAAUAAUACUUACAAUAUUGUUGCUGCCGCAAUCGAACCACACCAAUGGCGAUAAAAAGGGAGUCUGCUCGACGGCUGACUGCAUCUACCACGCAUACCUCCUGGGCCUGAACCGCAGCCGCGCAGCCACACCAUGCGAGGAUUUCGGACGCUUCGUAUGCUCUGGCUGGGACAACAAGUACCGCGAUAUCGCAUUCACGGUCCAGAUGGAUGCCAUCAUGGACUGGAUCGCGCGCUUGACGCAAUCCAGCCGUCGCGCCGAUUGGACGGCAAGCGUUUCUGGCAGACCUCUGAACAUGAUGCGGGAGUGCGUGCAAAGGACCAGCAGCAAAGACGAAGCUGUUCGAGAAUUGGUGAGUUUCGUCAAUGGUCGCACAUUUUCUUGGCCCACAAGAGACUGGCACGAAACGGGGCCAGUCAAGCCGUGGUAUCCCCUGCAAGCUCUACUAGAACUAGCCGUGUUAUGGGGACUUCCGCUGUGGUUUCGCGUCGACCUUGUACCCAGCCAUCUGGAACACCGAAGAAGCCUUGUCGUUAUCCGUCCAUCACCGUUUCCUACUGCGUUUCACUACCUUCACAGCCGGUUCCUCCGCUAUGCUGACGUGUACCCUCUCUACGUGCAAGAUUUCAUAGACAUUAUCCUCAGCCAUCGGCCCGCAGCACCUGCUUUCGAGGCAUUCAUACGGGCUAGCGCACGGAUGCAAGGCCACGUUUUCGGGAACAUGACCGCGGCGGGCGAAGUUGCGCACUUCACACCUAGAGUUGUCACCGUUGAAACGCUGCAGUCACUUGUGAAGAACGUGAGCGCCGAAGACUGGAUAAUCGCCUUUCGGUCCGUUGACACGACACCGCUUCACAACGACAGCCUUGUCCUAGCAGCGAGUGAAAGCAUUUUGGCGGCGAUGGACACUCUCUUCGGAGUCUACACGGCGAGAGAUAUUUGGUUCCACACGAUUUGGUGGUUUGCGCAAGCUGUUGGCAUUGUGGCUGUCAAGACCCUCUUUUCGGACCUGAAGGUGCAUCCGCUAGGGAAAGCGCUGCAGUCCAUUGUGUGCGCCCUGCACGUCGACGCCUCGUACAGUGCGCUUCUCGCCGCCAAUUACAAGUCGCAUCUCUCCACCGCCGAACAGCAGACCGUCAGGAAACUCUUCGACAAUAUCCAGGCAGUCGCUGUGGAAAAGGUGCGCUCAUCCACCCUGCUCUCGUCAUCCUCCAGGUCUGCACUGGCGACCAUGCUUGAGAACACAAAAAGCGUCGUGUGGCCACAACACGGUUUCGACAGCAAGGAAGCUCUCGAGAGCUUCUACGGCGCAACUUACACUAAAGCUAACAGCUUUCUUGGCGAGUGGUUGUGGAGCAGACGGCAAAUGCAGCGACUCGGGGUCGCCGCUGUGCACACUGAGGCGGGCACUGUGCAUGGACUAUCCUUGAAGUGCCUUAGCUGGUACGACGUGGCUCUUAGCAUCAUUUCUAUCGCACCUGCGGCUCUGGCGCCUCCUUUCUACUACGCCACUGGUACAAGUGCUAUGCUGUACGGUGGACUCGGUUACAUCUUCGCUGCGCAAACACUAUCCGCUCUGAACACAAUGUUCUACCUCUUCAAAGAUAUCCUCUGCCUGGCGUGGUUGCGCGCCGAAGGCGACAAAUGUAUAGGAGAGGAGAAUCUGCCCAACGAGAUGGAGGAGUAA